AUGGCAGACCCGCAGGACAAUCGUGCAGGCGAGGAGGAAGAGGAGGAGGAGGAUAACUACAAAACCAUCAAAGAUGCAGUCCUCUUCGCUAUCGACGUCAGCCCUUCGAUGCUCCAGAAACCGCCAAAAUCAGAUGACAAGAAGGCCGAACGCGAUUCGCCAACUUCUGCUGCCCUCAAAUGCGCCUAUCAGCUGAUGCAACAGCGUAUCAUCUCAAAUCCGAACGAUAUGAUGGGCAUAUUGCUGUUUGGCACAGAGAAGACGGAUGUGGGUGACGGUGACAACGCAUUUGAGCACUGUUACCUGCUUGCGGAUCUAGAUGUACCAUCAGCACAAGACGUCAAACGAUUGCGAGAUAUGGUAGACAAUGAAGAGGAAGCAGAGGAGAUACUGAAGCCGGCAAAGGGUGGGGCUUCAAUAUCUAAUGUGCUCUUCUGCGCAAAUCAAAUUUUCACCACCAAAGCUCCCAAUUUCUCCUCGAGACGACUGUUCUUGGUUACGGACAAUGACUACCCGGUCAAGAUCAAGGCGGACAAAGACACAGCAGUCACCCGAGCGCGAGACCUUUACGAUUUGGGUUGCACGAUCGACUUGUUCCCUAUAUCGCAGCCAGACCAUAGCUUUGAUCGAUCUCGCUUUUACGAUGACCUCGUCUAUCCAACCUCGCCCUCCGACCCUGAUGCGCCAGUCGCAAUAUCUUCUACAAGCAAAGUUGCAAAAAGCGGCGAGGGCAUUUCCCUUCUCAAGCAGCUUAUUUCUUCUAUCAACUCGAAAGCCACGCCCCGUCGCGCUCUUUUCUCACUACCACUAGAGCUUGGCCCAGACUUUCGAAUUAGCGUAAAAGGGUACAUUCUCAUUAAGCGCCAGGAACACAUUAAGUCAUGUUACGUCUGGGUUGGUGGGGAGAAACCGCAGAUUGCUACUUCCUCGACAACACAAAUCUCCGAUGACAUAUCAAGGAACAUCGAGAAGACCGAGUUACGAAAGGCGUACAAGUUUGGCGGCGAUGCGAUAACCUUCACACCAGAGGAGAUUACUCAAAUACGGCAAUGCUUUGGAGAGCCCAUCAUCCGAAUCAUUGGCUUCAAGCCUCUGUCUAGCGUGCCAAUUUGGGCAAACACCAACAAGUCUACCUUCAUCUACCCUUCGGAAGCGGACUACAUCGGCUCAACACGCGUCUUCUCUGCCCUACAGCAGAAGUUGAUUAAGUCUAAGAAAAUGGGCUUGGUCUGGUUCAUCCCACGGCGGAACGCAGCACCAACACUCGCAGCCCUGAUACCCGGUGUAGAAAAAAUCAACGAAGACGGCGAACAAACAAUGCCACCAGGACUCUGGCUCGUCCCCCUCCCCUUCGCAGAUGAUAUCCGCCAGUUUCCUACACCCCCCGAGCAGCCCCUCAAAACCACCGACGCCCUAACUGACAAAAUGCGCCUCAUCAUCGAGCAACUCCAACUUCCAAAAGGCAUCUACGAUCCAUCAAGAUAUCCCAACCCAGACCUACAAUGGUUCUACCGCAUCCUGCAAGCCCUCGCACUCGAAGAAGAACUCCCUGACCACCCAGACGACAAGACAAUACCGCGCUACAAGCAAAUCGACAAGCGCUGUGGCGAGUACAUUGAAGAAUACGGCAAAGAGUUCCAGGAAGCAUACGCGCAGCAACAUUCAGAAGCUCUCGCCCACCGCGGUAAACCAGUGGCGAAGAAACGGCCCGCAGGCGGUGCGGAUGCAGAUGGGAAGCCAGCGGCUAAGAAGGUCAAGAAAGACCCCAAGGUCAAGGCGGAAGAUGGGGAUGAUGAGGAUGGGAUGACGGACGAGCAAAUGGCUGAGCUGAAUAACAGCGGGCAGAUUAGCAAGCAGACUGUUGCUGUGCUUAAGCAGUGGCUUGUUUCUAGGAAUCAGAGUACUGCGGGAAAGAAGGCGGAUCUGCUGGAGAGGGUGCAGGAUUAUCUUGACAGAAAGGGUCUUUGA